GUACCAAGCUCAUGUUAUACAUUAUUUGAACUGACUAAUUAGAAAAUUAGUAAAUAAAUUAAAAAUUGAAAUUGUCUUUGCCACUUUCUGAGUUUUUUUUUUUUGGGGGGGGGGGCAAAAGACAAGGGAUUUAGUCUUUAAAGGAUAUUGAAAAUUUUUUCAAAGUGGCAUUGAAGUUGAGCACAGAACUGAUACUUAAGGUUCUUAUCUAAAAUGCAUAUAUAUUUAUAUAUAAUCCAAAAACAAUAUUGUGAAUUGUAAACAGUGAUCUCUAAUUUCUAAUAUGCCAAAGUUUCCACACAUUUUAAAAAAUUAUUUUUUUAUUUAAAAAACCCUUUUUUCUUCAGUUUUAAAACAAUAUAAAUGGAUGCGUCAGUACAUCAACAAUUAAAGCCCCGAUCCUCAAAUGUACUUUAUUAUGAUCUUGAUGAUAUCAUUACUAUGCAAGAAAAAGUCCCUGUUCAGUUUGAAUUGCCAUGUUAUCGGUUAGGUUUUCUAGACCCUAGCUCUUCUGAAGAACAUAUAAAUCAGGGCUCCAAAAUGGAAAUACCAUGUUGGUUAGCAAUGGAACUUUGCACACGUCGACGUCACAUAACAUCCGUAGAAUUGCCUAAGAUGUACAAUGAAUCUUAUCGACAGAUCUUUAAAGCAGACGCUAAUGUAUUAGACCUACAUAAAAUGGGCCCUAAUUUUUAUGACUUUGGUUUAAAGCUGUUGCAUUUUCAACACAUGGACUCUGGGAUUGUUGCAAGAACACUGCUUGAAGUGUUUGUUAAACGAUUUCGUAAAAUUAUGGACGCUUCUCAAAAUGCAUCUCACCAAGAUAUUGUUAAACUGAAGCAAAAAUUGGAUGAAUUAGAAAUUUUUUUAUUUAACAAUGGACAAAAGUCUUUAAAGGACUUUAUACAUUGGCAACAGGGGACUGUAGGCAAGCUGGAAAUUUCAAACACAGUGUCAAUGCAACGAAAACGGAAAAGAACAGAACUUGAAGAGUAAACUGAUGUUGAUGAUGAUUUUUUUGAUUUUUUAAAACUUAUUACUGGUAGUGUUAAUUACAUUUCAUUCAUUGGUAAAAUGUGCACCUGUUCACAGGGUGUAGAUAUAUUGUUGUUGUACAUUCUAUUUAAAAAAUAUUUAACAUUCUUGA